AUGUUCGACGGCAAGGUAUUCAAAUCUGCCAACAAGAAUAUUCGAGAAGUGGCAGAAAUCAAUUAUCGACCAGACACUCCCGUCUCUGCUGUUGCCGCAUUGCCGGAGAAGGAUCCUGGAUCAUCUGUGCACGAAAACGAUAACGCCGGUGCGGUGGUGUUUCCGUUCCCACCACCGGGGCGAAAUCUCUGGUCCUUAUCGCGACUAUGGCUUGCGUGCAAGUUGUGGUUGUUGGACCGUCUUAUACGAGCGCAGGAUAGCGGAGUGAGAGACAAGAGCGUUGAAAUUCUCCUCGACAGACAUGAAGCCAGUGUGAAGUUAUUGGAAGCAAGAUACUCUCGACAAAAGCUAUGGUACCUUGAGGUUGUUGCUGUGCAUCCUUCACUACAAUCACGCGGACUGGUGGGGGCGUGA